AGCUGGACGCAGCUGCCCCGCAGCUGGGGGUCCCAGGUGUCCCCCGCAGAGCGCAUGCCCUUGGAGACCUGCAGCGCGGCUGGCUGGGGCUCUGGGUCCCCCUCCCAUCUGUCCCCGCCUGGGGCUGGGGGCGUGGGAAGAAGCCUCCUCCGAGGUUGCGGCAAGAGGGGGCCCCAGGGCGCACCCCCUGCCUCCUUCCCCAGCCCGGUCUGGUUGGCUGGAAGAGACGCCCCUGCCUCCUUUCCUUGGGAGGGGUGGGGGAACCCUCACCUCCUUGCCUUGGGCGGCCAGAGGACAAGAAUGGGCAGGCGGUGUAUUUAUUUCCUUCCCAGAUGAUCGCUUCCUUAUAUCCCAUGAAAGAUCUUGAUGCCAAUAUAUGCAAAGGAUAUAUAAAAAUGAUGACUAAUAUAAUUAUCCUGAGCCUCAUUCUUUUCAUUUCUUUAUCUUUCUGGAUUGUGUCUAUGACUGCAAGCACCUAUUAUGGUUCCUUGCACCCUGUUUCUCCGUGGCGAUGGCUGUUUUCUGUGAUAGUUCCUGUUUUGAUUGCAUUUAAUGGCUUAAAAAAGAAGAGUCUGGACCACAGUGGUGCCUUGGGAGGAGUAGUAGUUGGAUUCAUCUUGACCAUCGCAAAUUUGAGCUUUUUUACUUCUCUGAUGACAUUUUUCAUUUCUUCCUCGAAACUCACCAAGUGGAAAGAAGAAGAAAAGAAGCGUGUAGAUCCCGAAUAUAAAGAAGGGGGGCAGAGAAAUUGGAUUCAGGUUUUCUGUAAUGGAGCUGUGCCUACAGAGCUGGCAUUGCUGUACAUGAUAGAAAACGGGCCCGGUGAAAUCUGCAUUGAUUUCUCCAAACAGUACACCGCUUCCUGGAUGUGUUUGUCUCUCUUGGCUUCCUUGGCCUCCUCUGCGGGAGAUACAUGGGCUUCAGAAAUUGGCUCUGUUGCGAGUACCACCCAACCAAGGCUGAUAACAACCUGGCAAAGAGUUCCAAUUGGUACCAAUGGAGGGGUCACUGCGGUAGGCUUUCUCUCCAGCUUUCUUGGUGGGUCCUUGGUGGGCAUGGCCUUCUUCUUCACACAGCUGAUUUUUGUGAAUGAUUUGGAAUCUUCUGCUCCCCAAUGGCCAGUUGUUGCGUUUGCGGGAAUGGCCGGUUUAUUGGGGUCAGUUAUUGACUCAUACUUAGGAGCAACAAUGCAGUACUCUGGUUGGGAUGAAAACACCCGCUCAGUUGUCAGCCAGCCAACUGGUGAGACGAAAUACAUAUCGGGGAAGCCUAUUCUUGAUAACAACGCUGUGAACCUGUUUUCUUCCAUCCUCAUCGCUCUCUUGCUGCCUAGCGCAGCAUGGGCUCUCUGGCCCAUCAAAUGAACUGUUGUCGAUUUCCAUUAUUUGGAGACCAAAACUGAGUCUAAGGUGACCUUUUCAAUUCUAAGAUUUAACCUCAAAACAAUCAUUUGACCCACCCCACCCCACUAGAAAUUUAAUUGAAUUUGCAUUUUAUUUUCCCAUAAUCAUAAGCCUCUUGAAACAGCUGGAAACAUUCCAGGAAAGAAAAUUCAGUAGAAAAAACAAACAAAAAACAAACAUGUCUUCCAAGAUUUAAGCAUGCAGUUUUCCAAUUGAAUGGAGAUGUUGGAUCAAAAAGAAAAGUCUUUUCUUUUGGCUUCUGGAGCUGAAGACGUACUCCCUCUGUGGCAUCCUUGGAAUUUUGUCAACAUAGGAAGGGAAACCAGAAAUUGCAUGAAGAAAUCUAACCCAACUCUCAUAUCAAAACACUGCUGUACCUGUUACUUGCUUACUGGAUCCAUUUGCAGUGAUUUGAACAGGUGUGUGUUUGGAAACAAACAAUUUUUGGAACUUUGAAUUUUCCCAUGGUUUUCAUCAGUUGAACAUAAAUAGUUGUCCUAAGUUUAAAUGUUGUUUUUAAGUCCUAGUAAGCUAUAUCCAUGUAAGAGCAUCCUUAUUCCUACCUGCUUAAUUAGUGGGAAAAGUUUGAUAAAAUAGGUAGUUAUAUUUGUUCUUAUGUCUAUUAGAAUAGGGGGGAAAAAAAACAAACUUGACUCAUUAAAAAAAAAACCAUGUCUUGCAUGUGUUUUAAUGUAAAUCA